UCACUGCGCCGGCGUGCGGGCGCGAGCGGUCAAAGCGCCUUCCGGAGGCCGUCGAAGUGCGCUCUUUUCCCGGUCUGCCGCUCUCGGAGUACGCAAGAGCGAGAUUCAAAGAGGCCUCCAACACUGGGGUGUUUUCUACACUCUGACUCCCCCCACCCCGGUGCCCCACCACUUCUGCGCUUGCCCUUUGACCCUGCUCUCGCGGCGGGGUGAGAGGUCGGUGGCCAUCUUGUGGCGGCGGUGCGGGUGCCUGUUACUGCAGAGACCCAUCCCCUCCCCCGCCGGGCCCCCGGGUAGUCUGUCAGUCCGUAAAGAGUCCCGCAGGCGGGUGGAGUGAGGCCCCGGCCUCGUGCGGUCACUCUUCCCGCCGCACUGGGCGGCCUAGGCCGCUCCCUGCCGGGCCUCACCGCCGCCACCAUGUCCUCCUUCUCCGAGUCGGCGCUGGAGAAGAAGCUCUCGGAGCUGAGCAACUCUCAGCAGAGCGUGCAGACCCUGUCCCUGUGGCUCAUCCACCACCGCAAGCACGCGGGACCCAUCGUCUCGGUGUGGCACCGCGAGCUCCGCAAAGCCAAAUCAAAUAGAAAGCUUACUUUUCUAUACUUAGCCAACGAUGUCAUUCAAAACAGUAAAAGGAAAGGACCUGAAUUCACAAGGGAAUUUGAAUCUGUCCUUGUGGAUGCUUUUUCUCACGUUGCCAGAGAGGCAGAUGAAGGCUGUAAAAAGCCUUUAGAAAGAUUGCUGAACAUCUGGCAAGAAAGAAGUGUGUAUGGCGGCGAGUUCAUCCAGCAGCUGAAGCUGUCUAUGGAGGACUCCAAGAGCCCUCCCCCCAAAGCAACAGAGGAGAAGAAAUCUCUGAAGCGAACUUUUCAGCAAAUACAAGAGGAGGAGGAUGACGACUAUCCUGGAAGCUACUCCCCCCAAGAUCCUUCUGCAGGACCCCUCUUGACUGAGGAGCUGAUCAAAGCUUUGCAGGACCUAGAAAAUGCUGCAUCGGGGGAUGCUACUGUCCGACAGAAAAUUGCUUCUUUACCCCAGGAAGUGCAAGACGUUUCUCUUUUGGAAAAAAUAACAGACAAAGAGGCAGCUGAACGUCUUUCAAAAACAGUAGAUGAAGCAUGUCUGUUACUAGCCGAAUAUAACGGGCGCCUGGCGGCGGAGCUGGAAGACCGACGCCAGCUGGCUCGGAUGUUGGUGGAGUACACCCAGAACCAGAAAGACGUUUUGUCAGAAAAGGAGAAAAAACUGGAAGUGAGUACACUGCAAGGCAGACCCAAACUCCCCAAGUUUACCUUCCUGGAGCCCACGUUAGAGGGUUUUAUUAUGCCUUAAUUAGCACAUUUUUUUUCUUUAAAACAUCCAUGAGAUGAGAACAUCUAUCAGAUACUGUAAUGAUUUAAA